AGGAGACGUUCCAUAUGGGAAGGACGUUGAAGGAAAAGGCGCUUUCGGACAUUUGUGCUGACAUCAGCAACCAUAUCAGGCUGCGUUCGGACACAUUUCUGGCUUGCUUGUGUGAAAGUCAGAAGCACAGAAUGGUGGUGAAUGGGUCGGUUUGAAGGAGCCGACGCAGUUCGUACAGAAACACUCCACUCCCACUUCAACCGCUGGGCUUCGUUCAAAAAUGUCCAGCGCGAAGCAGCAGAUAUAUAAGGUGAUCACCAAAAAGCAUGGGCUGACUCUUAAGACCGACGCUCUCAAGUACCUUCAAACCGUUGUGUCCGAGCUGCCGCCAGAAGAGCUCGAAGAGACAUUGAGCUACAUAGCAACUUCUUAUAUCCAGCAACAGAGUGAUAGCGGGCACCUAAUAGUAGACCGAGCCUCCCUAGAGGAGGUCGUCGAGGCCAUUUUUCGGAAAGCCGCCAUAAAUCAAGCGCUAGAGAACAGCAAUGCAGACGACCAGGGAGCAGGAGGAAUGGUGGGGGAUGCCGGAGUUGGCUUAGACGACGUAUCAGCAUAUCUGCACGUAAUAGACGCCUUCGACAUGCCGAGGUUCAGCUGGAAAGCGGACGGCAAGGGCUUUGUCAAAAACAACGACCAACCACACCUGCUAGCUGCCGCACCGCAGAAGAGUGCACUGUACAGUGAUAGAUUCGACUUGAUUAGACAGAGGAUUCUAAGGAAUGACGCGUUCAGAUCCUCGACUUUUCUGCGGAAAGACGACUCGUUUGAGAUUAUGCCGAUCAAGAACCUACAAGGACACAAACCAGGGGCAUUCCUACUGUUUGGCAUGCUGACUCAGGUGGUGGAAGGCAAAUAUCAUCUAGAAGACCCUGACGCAUUGAUAGAGCUGGAGAUCAAUCAAAAGAUUGCCAAAGGAACGGGACUCUUUACUCUGAACUGUUUUGUCCUUGUGGAGGGGUGGUACACGGAAGACCGAACAUUUCGCGUCAAAACUCUCGGAAUGCCAUUACCGGAGCCGCGGACAAAAUCACUAGCAGCAUACGGGCACAACGUCAACUUCUUUGGCGCCCCUCACACAGGCGACGACCAGGUCGUACUCGAAAACAUAGAAACAACCAUGUCGGAUGUCAUGUUUGUGGUCGUUUCCGACGUUUGGUUGGAUCAGCCUAGGGUGGUCAUGAAACUUCGGCAGCUGUUCGAAGGCUUUUCAUCCGCCGCUGCGAUAAGACCGCUUGCCAUCAUCCUCAUUGGUAGCUUUAUCUCAUCCCCGUAUGUGUUCGACAGCGCCAGCUCGGCUGCUUACAAAGACUGCUGGAACACCCUCGCGGAUCUCCUUUCGGACUUCCGCGAACUGGCCCAAGAAUGCCAUUUCAUCCUGAUACCAGGCCCCAACGACCCAUGGAGCGCAAACAUCAUGCCGCGGAAAGGGAUUCCAGAAUAUUUCAUGGGCCGUAUGAAGCAGAAAGCCCCGAAACUGGUGUUAGCGAGCAAUCCUUGCAGGAUCAAGUACUGCUCUCAAGAAAUCCUUAUCUUCCGUGAGGACCUGUUAAGUAAGAUGCGACGGAACGCCAUCGUCAGUCCUGCCAGCGAUGAUAACGUUGUGCCUAUUGAGCAACAUCUGGUAGCGACCAUCGUCGACCAAGCCCACCUGUGUCCUCUACCCAUCACUAUCCGCCCGGCGUUCUGGGCGUGGGAUCAUGCGCUGAGGAUGUAUCCUCAACCACAUCUCCUAAUCUUGGCAGACAAGUACGACGCGUAUUCUUUAGAAUACGAAGGCUGCCAGUGCGUUAACCCGGGCUCCUUCCCGAACGUGGAGUAUGGAUUCCUGGUGUAUUGGCCGGCUACGAAGACGUGUCAGAUUAGCAAAAUUGGAGCAUGAACGCGGGGGUUUCCGCCUGACGGCAUGAGCAUGGACCGUGGAGCGUGCUGAGGCGUAAAUGAUGUUGCUGCAGGGGUUAGGGCGUAUCGCUCAACUGAGCGUUUUUUGGGGUCAGGGUCUGCACAUUAUGCGUGUUGGAUGCGUUCGAGAGACGGCGGAAGGUGAAUACAUAGAUCAUGUAAAUUAGAUGUGACAGCAACAUGGCCAAAAAAGAUUUUCAUUUCGAAUGAAAGAUGGGAACGUGAACAUGCUU